GAGAGAGAGAGAGAGACUACAAAAAGCAGCAUUUACCUUCUCCCAUUUAAAUAUAUCAUAUCAUGUCCUAAGUUGGCUUAUUCAUCUUCCAAAAUUUCUGACGGCCAACGACCCAUCAUACGCAAACACACCAGAAGGAAAAAAAUUCAAAACACCUCCGGAAAAGAUGGACGACACCAUAAAUUCAAUCCUUCGAGGUUGCAGGUUGGCCAGAGACCUUGAGCACAACCUCCCCAACUUGGCCAACCAACCAAACCUUCUUGCCGUCUCCUGUGAACAGAUCAUCCAGGUCUUCAGCGUCAUUCGAGAACGGCUCAGGCACAAUCCUCUAGACGCUGGCUCAGGCAGGUACCGCGAGAUGCAAGAGAUGCGUCGGUCAGAGGUUCAAGCCGGUAGUGGCAGCAGUAAUCUCGAGGAAUGGCUGAAGUCGUCAGGCUAUGCACAGAGCAUUCUCCAGCAAACACAGUGUUGGGCCGGGACGAGCGGAGCAAGAACAGGCAACACAGAGGGGCCAAUGGAAGCCAUGGGUGCGGUGGCGAUGGGGGAGGGUCCUUUUGUGAGACUUGGUGGUGGAGGGGAAGAGAUGCAGGCACCGGAUGUGUCAUCAGAUCGUCGAAGAUCUGCUUCCUCGUCCUCAGAAAGAACAAGAAGAAGGAAUAGUGACGCGGAGAAAAGGACGAUUAGGGUUCCAGCACCAAGAAUGGGCAACACGGAGAUCCCGCCAGAGGAUGGCUACACUUGGCGAAAGUAUGGUCAAAAGGAGAUUCUUGGGUCAAAAUUCCCGAGGGGCUACUAUAGGUGUACCCAUCAAAAGCUGUACCACUGCCCUGCCAAGAAGCAAGUGCAGCGGCUCGACAACGACCCGUUCACGUUCGAGGUCAUGUACCGCGGUGACCACACAUGCCAUAUGUCCUCAACCGCACCAUCGAUUCCACCCCCGCCGCCAGCUUCGCUAGAUAUGGCCCCCAUCGCUGCCACACAGCCAAUUUCGGCAUCUGUAUCAGCCCCGCUACCCAGAUGGCUACCGGUGGACUUCGGCAUGGGCGGUGCGAGCGGGAGCAGAAACAUGGCGGUCGGAGGUAGUGUGGCCGGCAGCGAGGCGGGCCCUUCCACUAGCGGAAGUAGACGUGGUAAAGAGGCUGAGUAUCCACUGGUGGCAGAUUUGGCGGAUGCAAUGUUUAAUUCCGGCAGCAGCAGCACCAAUAGCAUGGACUUCAUCUUCCCAUCUUCCACGGAAGAUAAAAGGGAGGAAGACGAUAAAAAGAUUGAUGACUGA